AUGUUAGGGGCAAGUAAAUUGGUCCUCUGGGUAAUGACGGGUCUGCUGGCCAUCUCGACUGUCUUCUUUAAUGUCUACAUCCUCCUGAUGAGUCUGUGGAACUACAGGCAGAAAAAGCAGUGGAAUCCCAGUGAGACCAUCAUCGUGGCGCUGUCGGUGGCCGACGUGGCUCACAUGCUGGUCUGCUACUUCUGGAUGACCAUGACCGAGGUGGAUAAUGAGUGCCACAUCAGCCAGAACGUCUACACUAUCAUGCUGCUGCUGUUCUUCAGCCUCAAGUUCACCAUCAUGUGGGACACCAGCUUUCUCACGUUUUACUACAGCACCAAGCUGGUGAGCACGCCCAACCACUGUUACACGCAGAUCCAGGCCGCCAUCCUCAAGCACGUGACUUUAGCUGUUUUUCUCAUCCCUCUGUGCGGCCUGGGCACCUGCAUGCCGAUGCUCGUGGUGUUCCACCAUGACAACUACACCAGAGCGUACCAAGACUGUGGGGUUUUAGUCCCCAACACCCGCCCUGGCAAGAUCUACGAGGCCAUGUAUCUGCUCCUCGCCGACGUCCUGCCAGGCGUGCUCAUGGUGAAAUGCUGCAUCUCCAUCUCCAUCCACCUGGCCAUCCAUCUCCGUCACAUGAAAGCCAGCACCAACGGAGCCCACUGCCCGAAGCUGGGCUCUCAGCUGAGGGUGAUCCAGAUGACGCUGUCUAUAGUGGCUGCCUUCAUCCUCUUCCUCGUGGUCGACCUGUACGUCCAGUACCAGAUAACGGUGAACCACGAGAACAUCAUCAUGCUCACGUUCUUCUUCACGUCCAUCUACACGACUGUCACUGCCAUGAUGCUGAUCUACGGGAAGAAGACGCUGUGGAAAGCUCUGAUUCAUGGCUUCAACGUCUGCCUGGAUGAAUAUCCGUGUUUGUCUUGUCUGAAGGUGCCUGAACAAAAGGCAAAAACCAGCUCUCCUGCAAAAGGUAAAAACUGA